AUGUUACUUGACGAAAUGGGACAGGUGAGUUGGCAAUACUCGCCUAGAGAAGGAAAUAAGGCUGCUCACAUUAUGUCUCACUCGGAGACGAGGUGGAAGGAGAGUGUGAUCUGGUUUGAUAUACCACCGAUUUUUCUAGUUGAUCAGAUAGUGUUGGAUAAUGUAACCGCAACAUCUUAUUAA